UUUGCACCAGUAAAGAAAAUCAGGAAAUCAUUAGAAAAACAUAGCAUUUGUUUGCUGAUAUUUUCUAAGUUUUUAUUGCAGGAAUUAAACACGUGGUAUUGUGAUUCUGAAGCACAGUAGUGUAAAAUGAUUUUUAUGAAAGCAAGAUGUGUACAAAGUUGAAAUUGGUGUUUACAAAAUUACACUUCCGGUUGGACUUGGAAGUUGGGCAGUUGAGUAACACUCUUGUUAUGUAUUUUAGUAAUUGAAGGAUAACUGCAUUAAUUAAAACAAAACAAAACAAAAAACCCAAAGCAAAAAACCACUGAACCAGGAUUUUAAAGUAUCUUGAAUGAUUUGCAUAUGGACAGCACAAAAAAUAGAGAGUAUUUUUAUGACCUAAUGAUUUGGACAAGAACUGGAAUUCUGUGAUAGGUCAAAGAGAUAUCUUAUAGUGCAGUUACUAUUGUCUUAUUUAGACGGCAAUGUAAUACAUGUAUAAUACAUCUAUUGGCAUUCAAGAAAAAUUUAUCAAUAUUAUUGGUCACAAUGUCUGAGGAACAUGAAGAAGUUGUUGAUGAUCUUGGAGCAUCUGGUGAGCCAAGACAUAUUACUGUGGAACAUCAAGAUUCAUUUGUAAGCACAGAUGAACCAGAACUGGAAUUUGAUACUGAUGGCACUGAACUGUCGUCUGCUAAAGAAGGUGUAAAUAAGAGAGAACUUGCCAAAGAUGCAAUGGAAGGAGGGCCAUUUCGAAGUGGAGCUAUAACGCCUGAUGGUCUAAUAGAUGAGGAUUUUGAAAAGGAGCUCGGAACACCUCCAGAAGAGGAGCCAGAGAGUGAGUUCAGUGAUGUGGAGAAAUACGGGAUUAUAGAAGUGGCAGGAGAUGAUUUAUAUGGCAGAAAAGUUAUUGUUCUUUCCAGCUGCAAACUUCCAUCCAAUAAAGUUAUAGACCAUCAGCACUUACUAAAAUACAUUAAGCAUACACUAGACCAGUAUGUGGAGGAGGAUUAUGUUCUGGUGUACUUCCACUACGGGUUGACGAGUCGGAACAAGCCAAAACUGUCAUGGCUGCUUCAGGCCUACAGAGAGUUCGACAGAAAAUACAAAAAGAAUCUUAAGGCAUUGUACUUGGUUCAUCCCACAAACUUCCUCAAGAUCUUGUGGGGUAUCUUCAGACCAGUAUUGAGUGCUAAGUUUGGCCGCAAGAUGAUGCACAUAGACUACUUGAUGGAGUUGAAGCAGCAUCUUCACUUCGACCAGCUCUCCAUUCCAGAGCCUGUGCUUAAGUUUGAUGCGGAGAAGGUGGCGCUGAGGAAGCCGUCAUAUCCUUAUGAGUCUAACUCCAUGCAGACUGACGGUCCAUUGAAAACACAGCAGUUUGGAGUCACAUUGCAAUACAUCAAGGAAAACUCUGGCAAAGUUAUGCCAAUUGUUGUAGAACAAAGCAUAGAAUAUCUUACGGAAAAUGCCUUGGAGGUUGAGGGUAUUUUUAGGAGGUCAGCUAACCAUGUUGUGCUAAAAGCGACUCAGCAGAAGUACAACAAAGGAGAAGAGGUGUGCUUUGAUGAUGUACAUACUGCUGCUGUGAUACUGAAAACAUUCUUGAGAGAGCUGCAAGAACCAAUCCUCACGUUCGAUCUCAAGGAGCCACUCAUGCGAUUACAAGAGCGAAAACAAGUGUUUGACAUUAAUCAGCAAGUGGCUGAAGUUGAGAGGAUGCUGAGAGAGGAGCUGCCAGAAGACAACUACAUCAUCUUGAAAUACAUCAUGCAAUUUCUAUCAGAGGUCGCUGCCAAGUCUGACGUGAACAAAAUGACUCCCAUGAAUCUAGCCAUUGUGUUUGGCCCAAACCUCUUCUGGCCCAAAGGACAGGCCACUCUGUCCACAGUUGGUAUAACGAACAGCCUGGCCAAAUUGCUGAUAGAACAUUUCUCGGAGGUGUUCGUCAGAUGAUACACUCCGCGGCAGUCUUCAUGGCAGAUAUCAUACAGAUCUGCAUUACGUGAUGUAUUCUGUAUUACAUGUAUCCAAUUCUGUAUGCACCUCACUGUCAUGUUACCCAGUCCUCAUAAUACAUAUUAUUCAAUAUUAUCCUGUUCCAAAGUCUGGCCCUGUUUAUAAGGGCCUUUCAUGGUAUUGGAAUUGUUCGAAAAUAAAAUGAACUUUAGUGAAUAACAGGCUUGGUAACUUAAGGGACUCGUAGUGGAGUUGGUAUCAGGUUUCGUAUGUAUGUUUUUAAGCUUUGCAAGUUAAGUGUACAAGUUAUUUUUUAUGUUGACCAGGAAUUUAAUAUUAUUGACUCAGAGGUAUUUGAUUAGUAAUUUUAGGCUUUCAAGUGUUCUUAAAUCAGUUUUUUAAAAAAGAAAAAUCCUUAAAUUGAAAAAACCUUAAAAACUCCAAAAAACAAACAUGAAUAGUUUUUCUAAAAAUAUAGAAAUAGAACCUCUUUCUCCUACAGUUAUUAAGGAAGGAGGUUCUCAGUUUUUGUUAAUUAAUGUUGAAUAACCUGUGAAUAUUAAACAGAUAAUUAAUAUGGUGUUUAACCGUUACGGUCUAGUGCUAUGUUGGAUGAAAGUAACAUCCAUUUGAAAUCCAAGUUAGCAAAAAUGACUUUUAUUUUGAUAUCUUCUGUUCUUUUUGUUUUUUGGCUGGAAAAAGUACAUCAAAAGUAAUAGAGAAAAUGAAAUUGUUUUACGUGAAUGAGUUGAGGUUACAGUAUGCCACGUUCUUUGGAUAACUUGCAUGAUUUGUUGAAUGUAUUACAGGAGUCUGUGGAUUCUUACUAAUUCAUACCGAUUCAGGUAAAUCUUUGCAAUAUUCCGUGUAUUAUAUAUAAUCAUUAGUACUGUGUAUUUUUUUGUCUUGAACAUUAAUGGGAAAAUAACUUACAUCGAAAAUAAAAUGGAAAGUAAUAACUAAAGAGUGUUUUUACAAAAGUCCAGAAUGGGAUAAAAUGAAGGUAACCACAAACAUUGCUUGUUUAAUAUGCUAUGCAAAGUUACAUGCACAGUGGUUAUUCCAGAAUGGAUUAAAUCCCCUUAUAUGGUUGGUAUGAACCAAUGGUCAGGGUUUCUGCCAGAAAGUAAUUUUGGGGUAUGGCACUAUAGAAUUGAAUAUUUACAAUAUGUGUGCUGAAUGCAACCGCAGUCAACGGGGUAUGAGGCCUCCUCCAAAAAGAAAAUGCGUUAGGUUUAGGAUUAGGUUUAAGAAAAUCAUAAUUGUGUGAAAAGAUGAAAUAAAAAAAAUUUUUUUUUUUUUUUUGGGGUAUGAUGCCAUGCCCGUUUUAGCCUCUGGUAGAAACCCUGAAGUUAAGAAUAGUCUGAAACAAAAAAUAGUUUUCUUGAAACUGUAAAAACACUCUUUCAGUCACUCUUUUUUUAAUCUUUCAGUUAUAAUUACGUCCUAAACAUUUGUGAAAAACUGUAACAUUCCAUACGUUGGUCUUUAGAAGAACGCAAACAUUUACCGUAUCGGCUUUUCUGUCUUUUUUUUUGUUGUUCAAAACCUGCUUGAUAGACUAGUACAUGUAUUUGUAAUAGUAUUUAAUUUAUUCUUGUCGCAUUAUGUAUACCAGGUACUAUCUUUAGUACCGGUAGUAGUAUUAGAAGUAGUAGGAUAUAAAUGAGGCCAGGCGAAUAAGCUUUUCAGCUAGUCAACAUAUUAUUGGCAGCAUAUUUAUUGGCGUUUUAUGAGAAUGCAGUGCAAUAUAUUGUUGGAACCCAGCCGUCAUCUGACAUUUAUUACAUAUUUAUUGGUUCCGCUUUGUGGGAUUUGUUAUCUGUUUGAAUAGAGUUAACAAACCAAACUUGAACUAUUGGUAUAUCAGUUAACAUCUCACAUCGUGGGCUCCAAAAUAAUUAAUUUGUUUCACAGCAUUUAUGAGUUUUGGUUUUUUAUCUAGCCAGUGUUGUUGGUUAAGCCAAAUUGUUAAUCCUAUUAAGUUCUUUAACUGAAUACACAUCUCUGACUUUGACAGAAGUUUAAUCGACUUCGGAGGAUGUGCCCAGGACUGAGCUGUUCGUGGUUUUAGGUUUAUAUCAAACAGUUGAUUUGAUUUGUUUAAAUAUUAAGUAAACAAAAUGUAUUUUUACAAGUUUAUAGUUGUAUUGACUCAUUCAAUUAUUUUUAUAAUCAUUUUUAUAAUUGUUUGUGAUUUAUAUUUGCAUAUUAAAUGAUAAAACAUGACAAAUAGUAAUAAAUUACAGGUUAUAAUGAGAUCAGUUGAAGUUUGUGUUAUGCUUAGCCAGUCCUUCAUGAAUGAUAAAACGCUCUUGUAAGCUCCAGUGAGUGAUUUGCUUUCCAUAGGAAACAUUUUGAAUAAACCGGCCUCGGUGGCAUCGUGGUUAGGCCAUUGGUCAACAGGCUGGUAGGUAAUGGGUUCGGAUCCCAGUAAAGGCAUGGGAUUUUUAAUCCAGAUACC